ACACGUGGUUUGCUGUCACUCCUGCACCGAUCUGUGAACAUGAAGCUCUCGGCUGGUUUCUGGCUCCUGGCUGUGCUGCUCUUGGCUGCAUCCAGCUUCUCUCAGGAUCAGAUUGUAAAGAAGUACUUUGAGGAUGGCGACACGCUUCAGCUCAGCCCUCAGCCGGUUUCUGAAAAGAUCACCAGCAUCGUGUGGUAUUGUGAUGAAUACCUGCUGGCUGAGUGGGUGAAAGACUUGAUUGAGCUGAGAGAUCACAUCUCGUUUAAAGGCCGAACCACUCUGAACACUGACACGGGAGUGUUGGAGAUCAGGGACAUGACUGCGGCGGACACUGGAGUGUAUUCAGUGGAGAUCAACAACCAAGUCCAGAGUCGGGUUCAUCAGGCUGUGAGGAUUAAAGCAGCGCCUCGGCCUGUGGUGAGUGUGAGGCCGCUGUUGUGUAACUCAACCUCAGAGAGCUGCACACUGAGCUGUGACGGAGACGUCAGCGCUGCUGGGCCUGUCGAGUAUUCCUGGAAGAUCGGAGACGGAGAGUGGAAGCAGUCAGGAACGAACAUGGAGAUCAUCAAUAAUGAGGAAACACAGCGUGUUACGAAUUUCAUCUGCAGGAUGAAGAACCCAGUGAGUGCGAGAGACAGCAAACCUCUCCCUAACCCACUCUUCCAAAUGCCUCACUUUCCAUCUUCAUCAUCACCGAUGACGGUCAGUGACGAUACAGAGAGUGAACCGCUAACAAAGGCCCAGAUUACAAAUGGAGUUUAGGCGCUGUGACCUCUGGGGUCGCGGGGGUCUUUGUGGUGGUCGUCCACCUGUUGAGGCAGAAACGAGAGACGCUCCACGUCUGCAAAUGCAGUAAAAGUGAUGAUGAUGAUGAUGAUGCAGUUUAAAGUCGAGUAUCUGCUUUGAUUUCCUGAUGACGAUUAAAGCCUGUCUGCUCUCCUUAAACCAAAGUUGAUGUUUGUUAGCUUGUAAAACGUUUCUGCUUUAUUUCCACACUAAUGAUCAUCAUGGUCGGCCAUGUUUGUAGUUUUUCUUUAAAUCAUUUCUUGUCUUUUUUAGAGUUUUUGUAUCUCCCUUGUCUGCACUUGUCAUUGAUAUAUUAGUUCCUCUUUCAUCAUUACUCAUUAUGGUGAUUUGUGUUUUCUGCACCUUUGAUGUUUUCACUUCCUGUUUUUGUCAGUUUUCCGUCCUUCGUGUUCGUAGCGCCGAGUUAGUUUCGCCCCCUCAGGUCUGUGGUUUUAUACGUCUGACUUUCUUGUGUCAGACAUGUUUCCAUGAUUUCUUAUUUCUUUGAACUUUGCAUUUAAAACUCACCUUUAAA